AUCAGUAGAUUACGUUGCGUACAAUUAUUUAAUGUCGACCAGCGCUUUAGUUUUGGAGCAGACUGCCGCAUGUGGACUGUCAUAAAAACAUCUUUGGAUACACUGUAUGUGGCAGGCUAAUUAGAGAUAAGCGAGCUAAUGACAACUACCUGUAUGUUUGCUUCUCGUUAUUGUAUUAUGAAAAGAUUUUUGUUCCAAAGCUGAUCCCUGAAAUUUUCUGACCUCCUUCAGCAUACAAUUUGCCCAAUCUUUUGCAAAUAUUUUUCUCAAUUGCUUAUUUGAAUAAUAAAAAUGCAAGGUUGAACAUCUCAGUUCGUAAAACAAUAUUGCGUUGAUAUGACACAGAGAUUCUGAAAAGGGCCACAAAUACAUCAGCAAAAUAUUGACAUUAUUUACUAUACAGUGGGGGUGGGGGGAGAAGAGGGGGCAUUGUUACUUUUCUACCAUCCAAGUUGACUGUAAAAUUGCUACAUAUUACAUAAGUGAGAAAUUAUAAAAAUAUAUAACAUAUAACAUAAUAAACUAGUAUUGGCAUCGAAAAAGCUAGAUGUUAUCAAUAUGUAACUGUACUACUCCCCCCCGCCACGAAUAGGGUGUCAUAGAUUUGUCUAAAUUUGGAUGUAUCUAGACGCUUAUAGAUACAUCCAAAUUUAGACAAAUCUGAUGCAUCCACAUUUAGGCAAAUCCGUGACACCCUUUUCGGGACGGUGGGAGUAUUAUUUUUAGAAAGGAAGCACAAUACUUGGGACCUGCGGCUGAAAUUUUGCCAUCAAAUUGCAUGCGGAUGUCUCUGCUAGCCAUUAGCUGCCUAUGCAGUUCUACACUGGGACUCAAUACUUGUCCAUUGCCCUUGAAUGCCAUAUCAAGUAUCUGUUGAUUGCCAACUUGUAGGGUUUCUGCUUGUUACCAGUAUCGGACUGCUUGGGCCAUCACAGCCCAUUGCUAGAGUCUACUGCUCUAUAAACAAUUCACAAUCACACCAUACAUCAAGACUCAAGUGAAAGCAUCUGCAUGCUACUGCUCUUGGCAUUGCAACCGGCAAUAAUCUUGAGAAUAUGAACAAAGUGCAUGAGGAUUACAUCUCUUUGAAAAGUUAGAAUGAUGACAAUAUUUGUACAGAUGUCAAGUAUCUAACUAACUAAUGAAUUUCUAUUUAACUCUAUUGUCACGUUCUUAAUCUGGGUUUUGUCAGCUGUUAAUUAAAGAAUAAAGACUACUGGUCUAGUCCUGUCUGUGAGGAAAGCUUACCUACUCAGUCCAUCAUAUGACCCUGAGAUGACUACUUCGUUAGAAGUUUGCAUGAUAUCAGGGGCCAAUUAGGUCUCACCGAUUCUGUCUGUGGGUCCCCAGUAUGCACAUGCACUAUGCUACAGUUUGAAGGUUGGAUUAUCUCUGAAUCAUUCACUACCCAGUGUGAUUAGUGAAAUUGACCUUUGCUUACCAUGAGAGUGCCACAAGUUGUGCAUAUCUACCUCUGUGAAAGAAUUUACUUCACUCAAGUCAAGCCAAGGCAGUUGCAACCAAAAGUCCAUUCUCUUGUCUCCUGGACCAUCCAAUUAUGAGACUAGUAUCUGUAUAUAAAACCAUGCCUUGCAUUUGAGGAUCUGAGGUACUGUCUGGCUUUCACUUCUGACUCCAGAUUGGCUCUAGAGAGAUGGCUCUAAAGGUGUUCAAUUGGCUGAAUCGGAAGAUGCAUUCUAAUGUUGAGUACUGCACCAUUGAUGAAAAUAAGACCAUGGAGACGGAAGACCCUGUGCGUGAGAGUGUGGCUGAGCAAGACACUGAAGCCCUGCUGCUUCGCGAUGUGCUGCUUAAUGGCAUACUUGCGAUUGGGACUCUUGGCCAUAACGUGAACUCCCUGUGCGCUGAGGCCUGUCAUGAACAACAUGAGUUCAUCAGCAUGGAUAGAGAAAAGGUGGAGCAAGAGAAGUACGAAGAGGAAAAGAGUGGGGAUGAAGACGACACAUCAGCUAUGCCACCAAGUGAACCGGAACCUGCUGUUGAACCUGCCCAGAUGCGUUCAUCGUCGACGAACGAGUACAACUUCACAUGUUCUGUAAAGGAAGAAAUCUUGAUGUGUGAAGUUGAAGUGGAGGAUGUCGCUAAAAUCCAGGAACAACCACUUCUGAUGGUAGAGAAGGUGGAGAAAGUGAGAACUACGCUUGCUGAUCUAUUUGCAGCAGAAACAUUCUCAUCAAGUGAUACAGGUGAGAAAAGUUACCAGAAGUCUGUCAUAAUUGCUGGGGCAUCAGCUUCAAGGGCUACAUUAUGCAUGGAUAAGAUGCAUCAAAAGAAGCCAACAAAGCCAAUGCCAGAUCCACUGAAGGCUACCAGAAAAUUAAGUCGAGUCAUGAGGAAGAUGUUGGGGAAGAAGAUCCACCCAGAGCAGCUCAAUGGGCGUAGUAAUGCAGAGGGACCUCCACUACUUGAUGCCUAAGCUUGCGGGCAAGUUUGUUAACUCUAUCUGGAUACCUUGGAUCCCUACAGUACUCCCGGAUUCCUUUGCUCGAGAGAAGCAUCCAACCACAACGUUUCUUUCGUCAGACAAUGUGUUCCGGUCCUUGAUCCGCUGCCUGUUCGCUCGCCAGUGACGAAGAAUAGCCCGCCUAAGUUAUAUUAUUAUUAGUCGGAGUAUUUUAUUGAUUUGCGUGUAAAGCUACAGUUGAGGUGUCCCGUCCUGUAAGAUGUUCUCCUACUGCAUGUCCCGUGUCGUGCCGUACCGUCUCGUCGUCGUCCGUGUGUCGAGAUCAAUAAAUCAAUCUUUUGCUCUA